AUGCGCGCCUUCAUCGUCCUGUGCCUCGUGGCCGUCGCCUGCGCCGACAAACUCGGCUACAACUACAAGCCCGUGGGCCACUCCAACUCCGGCCUGUCCUUUGCUCCUGGCAGCGGCAGCAUUGGUGGUGGUAGCAUCGGCGGCGGCAGCAUCGGCGGUGGUAGCAUCGGAGGAGGACUCCAAGGACUCGGAGGAAGCCUGGGAGGCCUAGGAGGUCUGGGAGGCGGCAGCAACUUCGGCAGCCUGGACAGCGGUCUGGGCGGUGGCUCCAGCGGCCUGUCCGGACUUGGUCUUGGAUCCUCGGAUCUGGGAUCCUCUGGCUUUGGCAGCUCUGGUCUGGGAUCUUCCGGUCUGGGAUCUUCCGGUUUGGGAUCCUCCGGUCUGGGAUCUUCCGGUCUUGGUGGUGGCUUCAGUGGUCCCGUCAGCUACGAAGCUCCCGCUCCAUCUGCUGAGCUCAACAAGGAAUUCUUCACCUUCUCCGCCAACGAACAGGACUUCGAUGAGCCCGAGGCUUUGGAACGCGUCUCCAGCUCUGUGAACAAGGGUCUGCGCGUCGUCUUCAUCAAGGGACCCGAGAACCGUGGCUUGGAGAACGCUGCCCUGGCUCUGGCCAAGCAGGCUGCCCAGCAGGAGACCGCCAUCUAUGUCCUGAACAAGCAGGCCGAUAUCGGAGAUCUGGCCAGCAAGCUGAAUGCCAUCCGCAGCAACUCGAACAACAAGCCCGAGGUGCACUUCGUCAAGUACCGCACUCCCGAGGAUGCCGCCAACGCCCAGCGCGCCAUCCAGAGCCAGUACGACCAGUUGGGUGGAUCCUCUCAGGCCCAUGAUGGUGGUGUGGCCAACGCCCUGAACUUCGCCUCCGCGGGACCAGUGCGUCAGGCCCAGGCCCAGAUCCCUGAGAACUCGUACCUGCCCUCGUCGGUGCUGCGUCGCCUGCGCUUCCGUUACUAG